AUGUUUAAGCUGUUGUGUUGCCUUGCUCUACUCUCUGUAGCCCUUGGUUAUGGCUACUCUGGCUCCAAGUCUGGUAAAAACUUUGGUCUCUUAAGCAGAGGAGGAUAUGGAGGAGAUUACAGUGGAGGUAAAGGUUAUGGAGGAAAUUCCUAUGGUGGCAGAGGAUAUGGAGAUUACUAUGGAGGAAUAGGAUAUGGAGGCAGAGGAUACGGAGGUGGUUACUUUGGAGGCAAAGGAUAUGGAGAUGAUUACAAUAAAGGAUAUGGAAGUGAAGGUUCUUACGGAGGUAGAGGAUAUGGAGGCGACUACAAUGGAGGUUACUAUGGAGGCAGAGGAUAUGGAGGUGAUUACAAUAAAGGAUACGGAGGUAGAGGAAACGGAGGAUAUGGAGGCGACUACAGUGGAGGAUAUGGAGGUUACUAUGGAGGUAGAGGAUACGGAGGAGGUUACUAUGGUAAUAAUAGAUACGGCGGAAGAUAUAGUGGUAGCUAUGGAUAUGGCGGGGGUUCCUAUGGAGGACAGGGAUACAGAGGUGGCUAUGGCUACUACAGUGCUGGAUAUUUCCCAGCAAUAUUUGGUUAUGGAAAAGGAGGGAAUUAUUAUUGA